AUGGCGGAAGAGGUGACGGAGCGAUGGCAGCAGAUGCUGCGGGACUGCUCCGUGCGCUCCAAGCUGCCGACCGUCAAUCUCUUACUGGUGGGCGACUCCGAGAGCGGAAAGUCUGCGCUCGUAGCGUGUCUGGACGAGUCCAAAGCGACGUCUUCGGAGGCGGAAGGGGCCACACACGCAGUGGAUACGCUGAUGGCGUUCAAGACGCUCGACGUACUGGACCCGCGUGCAAAAGAGAGCGGGGCAAGUCAGGAAUCAGACGAUGUCAUUGCACACGUGGAGACGUGGAGUCUGAACGAUUUGAGUCUCAAGGACCUGAUCAAGAUGGUGGCAAAGCCUCGGACGCUCCAGAAGACGGUUGUAGCGAUUGUGCUGGAUUUAUCGCGUCCAUGGACGAUCAAGAGCUCACUGGAGCAGUGGCUUUCGGCUCUGGAAGGCCAAUUGCUGGAUCAGAUUAACCAGUUGACCUCUGAGGCAAGAAACGAACUGUAUGCGUCGAUAAAGCAGCAUGUACUGGCCUACGAAGAUCCGAGCAUUGGCCACUCUGCACCAACGCCUAUGGAUACGUCUACAAACGAGUUUAUGAAAGAAGGCGUCUUGUCGAAGAACAUUGGCGUGCCUCUUAUAUUUGUUGUGGCCAAGGCAGACCUGCGUCCGGAGAACUCUGUAAAAAUGGAUUACAUCGAGUACACGCUUCGCCGCGUUGCGAUUCGAUAUGGAGCGUCGGUGGUGUUCACAUCAGCGAAGACUGGCUCAAAUGUGGAUACUCUUCGGAAGUACAUUCUGCAUCGUGCGCAUCCGUCCACAUUCAAGUUCACGGAGCCGCCGCAAUUGGUGGACCACAACACCAUCUUCAUUCCGUCUGGCUACGACUCGUUCGAAUUGGUCGACACUAGUCUCGCGGGCUCACAGGCUCGCUGGCCUACAGACAAACCGUAUGAAAAGAUCGUCCCUGCUCCGACGGACGACACCGAUGAUGGUGUGGCAGCGCUGGCUGCUGACGUCCAUGUCGAUAGCCACGAGCAGUGGCUGGAGAAACUCGAGAAGGCUGCUGGUGCAGGUCUGGAAGAAUUGCAAAAGCAAAGCAUCGAGGCAAGCAAGAAGUCAGAGCAGGCAGCAGCCGCUCGCCGUGUGGCAGCAGAUCGCCGAAAGCGUGACGAGAAGGACGUCAGCUCCAAGCAUCUUCAGAACUUCUUCAACAAUCUGCUGAGUCGGCCAGAGAAGACUAGGUCGACCAGGGCGAUGAGCGACAAAAAGAAGGAGAAGAGUGAAGAGCCAUAG